GUACAUUAAUUGGUUACGUUGUAAACAGAUAAUAAUAAUAGCAAGCUAGUAAGGACUUUAGCACGUAUCAAUGUAGAUAAUUUUGCAAAUUGGGCCCGUCGUAUCGAAGUACGAAGAUAAUCUACACCACUAAUAUUAACUUCAAUAUCACUCGUUUUUAAAAUGAAGCCCACAGAGGUCGCACGCAACGAUGUCUAACAAUAUUUUUGUUAAUUAAUAAACCUGUAUAAUUUGUUUAAAUAUUUGAUAGGUGAAUUGUGUUUGUUUAAUAUUUUAUUUGUGAUCUCUUAUUUAAUAAAAAGUUAAUUAUUUAAAAAUGGCGGAUAAAAAUGGUGGUUCAAUUGAAAAACUAUCGUUUGAGGCGGCCCUCGAUAAAGUGGGUUUCGGUCUAUACAGCUACAUAAUGACGAGCCUGGCAGGGCUGGCCAUCAUCUCUUUCGCCUGCAUAGUCUAUGCCAACACCAUCAUAGUCCCCACCAGCGCCUGCGAACUGGCCACCACGGGCAGUCAGCAGGGACUCCUGGCUGCUGGACCUGUUGUAGGUUCGGUGUUGGGAGGUCUAACAUGGGGUUACCUGGCAGACACACGUGGCAGACGUAAGAUGCUGCUGGUGGCUCUGGUAGGAGCUGUGGUCUUCAACCUCAUCGCCAGCAUCUCAGUCAACUGGAUCAUGCUGCUUAUCUUCCAGUUCAUUGCUUCUCUUUUUGGGUCCGGGAUGUACUCGAUGUCAAUGUCACUGCUCAGUGAGAGUGUCCCUAUGGCCAAGAGGAACCUCGUCGUGCUACUGGUCUCCAGCAUCUUCCUGCUGUCUCAGGGUAUCAUGGCAGUAUUGGCGAUACCAAUCAUCCCCCUGAGCUUCUCCCACUACCUGGAAGCUCUGGACAUCUACUGGAACUCCUGGCGAACAUUGCUGGUGGUAUACGCAGUACCUAGCGUCCUCACCAUCAUCUUCAUAUCUCUCAUGAAAGAGAGCCCUAAGUUCGUGUUCAUCAAAGGAGAUGAACCUAGGGCUUUGGAGAUUUUAAGGACUAUCCACAGAGUUAAUCAUCUGAGGUCUAAGGAGGAAUUUGAGGUCCAAGGACUGAUCAUGGAAGAGAACACAGAAUCCAGUGGUUCCGCCAAGGACCAGAUAGUGCCGCUAUUUAAACAGCCACUCCUGAAAUACACCUUCCUUGUGAUCAUACUGUAUACCUUCCAACAAGUUGGAGCGUUCCUGGUUUGGCUGCCAACCAUCGCUGACCAGUUCGUGCGCAUACUGCAGUCUGGUGAUAACUCCGACCUGACCAUUUGUGAUAUAAUCGGCAUGGAAGCACCCAUUAAUGAGGAUGCUGUACCCUGCGCCAUGGAUGAAACCUCCUUGCUGAUCGUACUCGGGUUGGGAGUAAUGCAGUCUAUCUUCAACUUUAUCAUGAGUUUGCUAUUGGGCUUAGUGGGUCGUCGUAACAUGGUGCUGGUCGUGACUGCACUAUGCGGCGUCUGUGGUAUCUUGGUGAACCUGGUGCCUAACGCCAUCGGCAGUGCCGUGCUGUUCGCCAUAUUCCUCCAGGGCGUGGUCGUCAUUGGAUUGUACACCGCUAUUGUGGUCGCCAUAUUCCCGACCAAUUUGAGGGCCAUGGCAAUUGCUCUUCCAAUGACGUUUGGACGUAUUGGCACAUUCGCAUCCGUACAGAUCAUCAAUUUGAUGUUGGUUAACAGCUGCGAAGCUGGCUUUUAUCUCUUCUCUUGUAUUUUCGGAGCAUCUAUGAUUGUCGCACUAUUUCUACCGGACGACCGUCGCCUUCAAAAACCAGUAGCUUCACCGCCACCACCAGUAACAAUAGUUGAAAAUGAUGAAAUACUCAGAAGAGAAAGCGAAAAAAUGUCUUACUUGUAAAUAUAUUAGUAAAAUAGGUACCUAAUUUAAGUUAGAAUUUAUUUAUUAUCUUGUUAAGUUUUAUAUUCAUUUAAA